UGGGCUUUUGUAAAAAUAAAAAACAAAAAAUAUCCACAAGUCCAAACUCAAGGUACGCCUAAAGGAUGCUAAAUAUGCUAAAUUAGCUGUGGUGGUGGCAACAAUACUCUCCCGAUUUCUUAUUAUUUCGCAUCAAAUUCAAUUUUCGGCACUUAGUUCGUGGCUUUUGAGGUUUCCAGUGGACGAAUGAUUCAAACCCAAGGUUAAAUAUCUCUUUCCCUGCUGCUGGAAUGGGAAAAAAUGGCAGACUUUUUGUGAUAAUUCUUGUAUUCUUAAUCGUUUCGUGCUGUUCGAGCGCCUUUAAUUCAACGACGAACAGUUCUUCUAUCGCUCCGCAACAGGGUUCGCAAGUGAACGAAACAGUAAGUGGCAUUAAGGGUUUGAAUGAAAGCUUAGGGAUUGGAAAAGAAAAGCCUAAAGAGACUCAGAGGAGUGAAGAUUUGAGUAUAGGGAAUGUGAAGGGCUCCAACAAUGGAAGUAACACGGCUGUUGGGACACCGCCUUCGAAAUCAAAGGGUAAUGAAGAGAAAAAAGAAGUAGAAAAUGCCAGCAAGGACAAGGAUAAUGAGAGCUGUGAAGGGGCAUUACAGGAAUGCAGCAUUGAGAAUACAUUGCUUGCCUGCAUACAAGUGUCAAGAAAUGGUUCAAAAGAACCAUUCCUUGUGCUUCGGAAUGAUGCCGAAAGCAAGCUGGAAGUGAAAAUUUAUUCCUCAAAUUCAGUGGGACAAGAUCCUGUAGCUGUCAACAAACAUCAGAUAAUAAGGGUAAAUAUCUCAUCAACAUUGAGCAAAGGCUCCAAAAUAGUAGUUGAUACAGGUAGUAGUGGUAGAUGUGAGCUUCAAUUGGGUCAGUCUGUGGCGUCUAUGGACAGCUUUGUCCAGCAGCUGUCCCUAUACUCGAAACAAGUGACCCCCAUCUAUGGCGUCUACUUCCUGUUUCUGGUGGCACUUGUUAUUGGUGGCACUUGGGCUUCCUGCAAGUUAAGGAAGAAGAGACAGCAUGGCACUGUUCCCUAUCAGGAACUGGAAAUGGCGUUGCCGGAAUCUUCUUCUGCCAUAAAUGUGGACGACGCCGCAGGAGACUGGGACCAGGGUUGGGACGACGAUUGGGAUGAGGACAAUGCUGUAAAUUCACACCGCUUCGGUAGCAUUUCUGCCAAUGGCCUAACUGCCCGGUCUGCAAAAAAAGACGGAUGGGAAAACGACUGGGAUGACUAGUGAAACAAGGUAAAUUCUUGUGAUCAAGACAGAAAAAUACCAACCAUACAUAAUACAAUGGGAAAAGUUAUAGUGACACCAAAUAUGACACCGCAAAGAUAUUGUUAUUGUAUGUGCGUGUCUGUGACACACAGUAGUGUCAUAUCUCGUGAUCACUAUAGCAUGACUCUAAUACAAUUACCCAAGGAAGCCAAAAUCUUGUAAUUCUUUUCACUUCUUUUUUUUCACCUAAUAGAUUUCUUCUACCACAGAAGUUUGCUGUAC